AUGACUGAAUCCAAGAGACAUGUGUUGAUGAUUGAUAAUUAUGAUUCCUUUACUUGGAAUUUAUAUCAAUUUUUACACCAAUCACCAAAAUGUGGUAAAGUUGACGUUUACCGUAAUGACAAAAUUGACAUCCCAACUAUUGAAAAACUUAAUCCUGAUAUCAUCUUUAUAUCUCCGGGUCCAGGACAUCCAUUAACUGAUUCUGGUGUUUCCAGUGAUGUAAUCCGUCAUUUUUCUGGUAAAUUACCUAUAUUCGGGGUUUGUAUGGGUCAAGAAUGUAUCUUUGAUGUCUUUGGAGGUGAUGUGUCAUAUGCUGGGGAAAUUGUUCAUGGUAAGACUACUACAAUUAGUCAUGAUGGUAAGGGAUUCUUUGAAAAUGUUCCUCAAUCGGUUGCAGUUACCAGAUAUCAUUCUUUAGCUGGUUCUCAAAAAACUUUGCCUGAGUGUUUAGAAGUUACCGCCAUGACUGAAACUUCACCAAAGGUUAUCAUGGGUGUUAGACACAAGAAAUAUACUAUUGAAGGUGUGCAAUUCCAUCCUGAAUCUAUUUUAACUGAAUGUGGACAAUUAAUGAUUGACAACUUGUUGGGUGUCCAUGGAGGAACUUGGGAAGAAAAUGAUGCUAUAACAAAAGGAAAUAAUAUAAGCAAGUCUGAAAAUAUCUUGACUAAGAUUUACAAGCAAAGACAAUUGGAUUAUCAAGAAAUUGAAAAGUUACCGGGUAAGUCCUUUGAGCAAUUGGAAACAGAGUUAUCCUUGGGUGUUGCUCCACCAGCAAUUAAUUUUUAUGAUCGUCUUAAAUACACCCAAAACAAGAAACAAACACCAAUAUUGUCUGAAUUUAAAAGAGCUUCUCCCUCAAAAGGUAAUAUUAAUAUCAAUGCACAUCCAGGUGUCCAAGCAUUAACCUACGCUAAUAACGGAUGUUCGACAAUUUCCGUAUUGACUGAACCAAAUUGGUUCAAGGGUUCAUUGCAUGAUUUAACUUUAAUUCGUAAAGUUAUUGACAAACCGGACAGUGAAACUUACAAGAGACCAGCUGUUUUAAGAAAGGAAUUUAUAUUCUCAAAGUAUCAAAUUUUAGAAGCAAGAUUGGCUGGUGCAGACACCGUUUUAUUAAUUGUUAAAAUGUUGGAAGAUGAACAGUUAUUACAAGAAUUGUACGAAUACUCGUUGUCUUUAGGAAUGGUUCCAUUAGUUGAAGUUAACAAUUCUACUGAAUUAAGCCAAGCAUUGAAGUUAACUAACAAUGGUAACACGAACGACCCAUUGAUUAUUGGUGUUAACAAUAGAAACUUGACCACAUUUGAUGUAGAUUUAAACACCACUAGUUCAUUAGUUGAUACUGCAAAAAGCUCUCCAAGAAAGGGUGAAGUUUUAGUAUUGGCAUUAUCCGGAAUCACCACUGUUGAAGACGUCAAGAAAUACAAGUACGAAGAUAAUGUCGAUGGUUUCUUAAUUGGUGAAAGUUUAAUGAGAGCUGAAGAAAAGGGUAAAGCUGGUGAAUUCUUACAUGAUUUAUGUAAUUGUUAA